AUGGUGAAAUCACCAAUGCAGAUAAGACAAACUCUGAAGGUCUUGAAAUCUGCCCCCUCAUUUGCCUACUGCUUCCGGGCUGGCAGAGCAAAAGGAAUAGUAGCCAAGCUGUCCUUGCAGGGAACUCUAGAAGAGAAAGUCCCCGUCAGAAGGGACCCGAGACCCAGGAGACCUGUCCUGUUCCUUGUGGGGCUGAUCGUCGUGCUGAUCGUCAGCCUGGCGCUGGUCUCCUUCGUGAUCUAUCUCAUUGUUCAAACUGGAAACCAGAUGGAUGACGUGUCACGGAGACUCACAAUGGAGAAAAAAGACAUAGAUGAUCUUAAGAAACUCAACAGCUUGAUCAUAACGCUACUCAACCAGCUGGACUCGAAACAAAACUAAAGAAGUGAUCUAAGAACAACAGUUAACACCCUAACGAAUCCCUCACAAUUCUGGGCUUUCAUGGGUGAAGAACAGAGGGAGUGUUUGUAUAGACAACAGAUUCUUGGACUGUGCACUCAGUCCUGGGCUCAGCUGUUUGUUCCAGAGAUGGGCGUGACUCCAAAGCAAGGGGAUGAGGACACAGGGGCCAGCCAGAGGUUGAUUUCAUGGUAGGACAGUUCACUUACUGCAAUUAAGGGCGGAAGGCAUAAAAGACAACCAAUAGUAAGCAAGAGAGUUCAGCUGUAUCUGUACAUGUUCUUUUUUAAGAAAAAAAAAAAAGAGUUUUGUCACUAGGAUAAGUUCUCUGUGCCAGUGAAGCUGAGGGUGCCUCAAGCAUCUUUACAAAUGCCUGAGAAAUUGUCAAGAAUUCAUUGAACUCUUAAUGUUCAAAGGUGCCAAGUGAUAACACCUUUUGAUUAAAGAGAUUAUGCAAAACUUAUUUCUCCAGGGAUAGGGAUGAUCAGAUUUAGGAGACAGUUACUUCCUGGUAUUUGCUAGUAGUAGUUAAUGAGUUUGAA